AGGGCCAGCAUUUUACAGUAAGAAGACCGAAAGAGUAGAGGUAGAAAAAGCGGGAAACCGAGAACAGAGAAGAGAGAGAGAGAGAGAGAGAGACAAUGACGGAGAAAGGCAAAGGAAGAAGUGGGAAGCCAGCAGCUGAGGCUGAGCCUGAGUUAACGGUUGAUGAGAAGUAUACUCAAUGGAAGUCUUUGAUUCCCAUUCUCUACGAUUGGCUCGCUAACCACAAUCUUGUUUGGCCUUCUCUUUCUUGCCGAUGGGGUCCACUGCUUGAGCAAGCCACCUACAAGAGUCGGCAACGCCUUUACCUCUCUGAACAGACCGAUGGGAGUGUUCCAAAUACACUUGUUAUUGCAAAUGUUGAAGUUGUUAAACCUAGGGUCGCUGCUGCUGAGCAUAUAUCACAGUUUAAUGAAGAGGCUCGCUCUCCCUUUGUGAAGAAGUUCAAAACUAUCAUACAUCCAGGGGAGGUGAACAGGAUCAGAGAAUUCCCAGAUAACACUAGCAUAUUGGCUACUCACACUGACAGCCCUGAUGUUUUAAUUUGGGAUGUAGAAAGCCAACCUACUCGUCAUGCUAUUUUAGGAGCUCCCACUUCUCGUCCAGAUCUGAUUUUGACUGGACACCAGGAUAAUGCAGAAUUCGCUCUUGCAAUGUGUUCUCGUGAACCUCUGGUGCUUUCUGGAGGGAAGGACAAGCUAGUGGUUUUGUGGAAUAUCAAAGAUCAUGUCUCAACUUUGGCAACUGGGGGUUCUAAGUUUAGUCCUGCUGGUAGCAAUAUUAAAUCAGCAUCCAAGACUGGUGAUGUGACAAAUGUAAAUGUAGAUAGUCCUUCUGUUGCAGCGCGAGGCAUCUACAAGGGACAUAGUGAUACUGUUGAGGAUGUCCAGUUUUGCCCCACAAGUGAGCAGCAGUUUUGCAGUGUGGGGGAUGAUUCCUGUCUGAUAUUGUGGGACUCAAGAACUGGAUCAGAUCCAGUAGCUAAGGUUGAAAAGGCCCAUGGUGCUGAUCUGCAUUGUGUUGAUUGGAACCCUCAUGAUGAAAAUCUCAUUCUGACUGGAUCAGCUGAUAAUGCGAUUCACUUAUUUGAUCGGAGAAAUCUCACUGUAGGUGGAUUUGGAUCACCUGUCCAUAAAUUUCAAGGUCAUGAUGCUGCUGUCCUUUGUGUACAGUGGUCCCCGAAUAAUAAAUCAAUUUUUGGCAGUGCUGCUGAGGAUGGUCUAUUGAACAUAUGGGAUCAUGAGAAGGUUGGUAAAAUGCAAACAGGGAAUGGAAACAAAACAUCAGAGUAUCCCGAGGGUUUAUUUUUCAGGCAUGCAGGGCACAGGGACAAAGUGGUUGACUUCCACUGGAAUUCGAUUGAUCCAUGGACUAUUGUCAGUGUUUCAGACGAUUGUUCGAGCUCUGCUGGAGGUGGAACACUGCAGAUAUGGCGCAUUAUGGAUUUACUUUACAGACCAGAAGAUGAAGUCCUAGUGGAGUUAGACAAGUUCCGGUCUAAUGUAACCUCACGCCCCUCGUAGAUCUUACAAGGAAAUGCUCACCGAUUAGCGAUUUUUAGGUUAACAGGAAGUGGUUUGAACUUGUAGAGGCUGCAAAUUCCAUAGUCUAGUGUCUUAAUCUGGUUUAGCACGAAAAUUAGCUAAUUUUUCUGGGUGAAUAUUCUUCCCAUUUUCUGACUCUAUACUUCCUUUCUUAAUCUAAGGAUCAACUUUGAGCUUGUGCAAUUUUUAUCUGAAUUUUAAAUCAAAUUGAAAUUGAUCGUACACAUAAAAGUUUGAUUAUCC